AGCAGCCGCGGCCGCCGGGGUUGCCUUGCCGAGCCACCCGCGCUCCCGACUCGGCUCCUCAGGAGGGAGCGACCAGUGGGCCCGCAUCGUGUCAGCGAGGUUCGAAGCCCGGCUGCCGUGGCCUCCUCCUUCUGGUACCUGGGCCGCCCGGAGGAGCCGGGGCCGGAGCACGGCGGGCUGACUGGCCCCGGGGAGCUGACACCGCUGGACACCAAGGCGGAGGUGCACGUCUGGCGGUCGCCUGGAGCCGGGAGGAGGCCGAGGGGACCAUGUCCGGGAGGAACCACCACCUCUCCACCACCGAACGCGUCAUCAAAGCUGUUCCCUUUCCUCCAACCCAACGGCUUACUUUGAAGGAAGUAUUUGAGAAUGGGAAACCUAAAAUUGAUAUUUUGAAAAACCAUUUGGUGAAGGAAGGGCGACUGGAAGAGGAAGUAGCCUUAAAGAUAAUCAAUGAUGGGGCUGCCAUCCUGAGACAAGAGAAGACCAUGAUAGAAGUAGAGGCUCCAAUCACGGUGUGUGGUGACAUUCAUGGACAAUUCUUUGACCUGAUGAAGUUGUUUGAAGUUGGAGGAUCACCUAGUAACACACGCUACCUCUUUCUGGGUGAUUAUGUGGACAGAGGCUAUUUCAGUAUAGAGUGUGUGCUGUUUUUAUGGAGUUUAAAAAUUAAUCAUCCCAAAACAGUGUUUCUACUUCGAGGAAAUCAUGAAUGCAGGCAUCUUACAGAGUAUUUCACCUUCAAACAGGAAUGUCGAAUCAAAUAUUCCGAACAGGUGUAUGAUGCUUGUAUGGAGACAUUUGACUGUCUUCCUCUUGCUGCCCUCUUAAACCAGCAGUUUCUGUGUGUACAUGGAGGGAUGUCACCUGAAAUUACUAGUUUAGAUGACAUUAAGAAAUUAGACAGGUUUAAAGAACCUCCAGCCUUUGGGCCAGUGUGUGAUCUGCUUUGGUCUGAUCCUUCAGAGGAUUAUGGCAAUGAGAAGACCUUGGAGCACUAUACUCACAACACUGUCCGAGGGUGCUCUUAUUUUUACAGCUACCCUGCAGUUUGUGAAUUUUUGCAGAACAAUAAUUUGUUAUCAAUAAUCAGAGCCCACGAAGCCCAGGAUGCUGGGUAUCGAAUGUACAGGAAGAGCCAAACAACAGGCUUUCCGUCACUCAUUACAAUUUUCUCUGCCCCCAAUUACCUAGAUGUCUAUAAUAAUAAAGCUGCUGUGCUAAAAUAUGAAAACAAUGUCAUGAAUAUCAGGCAGUUUAACUGUUCUCCACACCCCUAUUGGCUUCCAAACUUUAUGGAUGUUUUCACAUGGUCUUUGCCAUUUGUUGGGGAAAAAGUCACAGAGAUGCUGGUUAACAUUCUCAACAUAUGCUCUGAUGAUGAAUUGAUUUCUGAUGAUGAAAUUGAAGAUCACUACAUUUCAAGCUAUCGGAAAGGAGGCACUACAGUUCGGAAGGAGGUCAUCAAGAAUAAAAUCAGAGCCAUUGGGAAGAUGGCACGGGUCUUCUCAAUUCUGCGAGAAGAGAGUGAGAGCGUGCUGACUCUUAAGGGCUUGACUCCAACAGGAACACUCCCUCUAGGUGUCCUCUCAGGAGGAAAACAGACUAUUGAGACGGCCACAGUAGAAGCGGUAGAGGCCCGGGAAGCCAUCAGAGGGUUUUCACUUCAGCACAGGAUCCGGAGUUUUGAAGAAGCCCGAGGUCUGGACCGAAUUAAUGAGCGGAUGCCACCCCGAAAAGACAGCCAGUACCCCGAUGGGCCAGUGAAAUUGGUGGGCCCUGCACAGUCCAAUGCUGCGCACAGGAGUGACAGGGGGAGAAGAGCCAAUAGUGACACAGAGCCCUGCUGUGGCACAGGUGGAUCCAAAACUUAGGAACAAAUUUUAUUUGUUUCUUAUUGGAAAAAAAACAAAAACAACUUUAACAACUUAAACCUGGAGGUGCAUUCAUAAUUCACUCUGCAUUUAUGCUGUAAGAAAGGUGACCAUUUUAUAAAUUGUUUUUAAUUUAUGUUUAAUGUAUAGAAAAAGUGCAUCUGUUUUGUUUUUCCCUUUUUUCCCUACUUUUGAAGAACUGAUCUGAUUGUCUGAUACAUAUGUGAAGUUCUGUGCUGCAAAGGGGACCUUCCCCUAAUAAAAGGGCCGUGGAAACCUCCACCCUGGUUUCGAACUAGCCAGCCUUUUCUCCUAUUCUUUUGGAAGGUAAUAUCUUUCAUUUCAGACUAAUAAUAGUGUUUCAAACAUAAGAGGGUGUUUUCCUUUUCCCUGUCUACAGGGUGCUGUUGAAAAAGAUUGCUCAGAUUUCAGUGGCUAAAACUUCUCUUCUUAUGGAAAACUUGAUUAAAGUAGAACUUCUAAAUGAAUAACCCAAACCCAGUGGUUUGAGGGCCAAGGAGAAUGUUUUCCAUAUAACCUACUUUCUUCUGAACUCUCAGUUCUUUUUAAUAUGUUCUAUGUUCUAGUAAGGCAGAAUAAAAAGCAGUGAGGGAUUUUCUUAGAGUUACUCAAAAUUUCUUCUUCCAGCCAUGGGCAUGAUGGGUUUAAACUUCCCUUAGAGCUUUGGACAUUUGGAACAGUUUGCUUUCAUUUUUGAAGCCCAGGUGAUGUACCCAACUGCAAAGGAAGGUACAAUUCUAAAUAUUGUAUGAAUGCCCUCUGUAGAAUUCCUGGUAGAAAGAGGUAUUUAUGUCCUUCUGUGCGAUUACAUCAGCUCUUGUGUCUGUUCUCCCCAUUGUCCUUCUGUUUUUCUAUGUCAGUGUUUUAAAAACCAACGGGGGUAAUGGAAACUGACUAGGGUAGAAUGAUCCCCUUGUGAUUUGGAAGUCUUGCUAAAGGGCAUUGGAUGACGAGGAUUUCCUAUAUUGUAUAUCAAUUCCUGUGAUGUUUCUCCAUCUUUAAACACUCAUUAGGUUGAAACUGUAUGUCAGUCUGUCAGCAUAUUUUGGAAUAUAAAAACAAGUGUUCAGAUACAGUGUCUGAAUAGUCUUCUCUUAGUUUUUCAAGUAACAACUAGCGAGGGAAAGAAAUUUCAGUGAUCCUUGGGCUCUCGUUUUUAGUUUAGUCUGGUGACAGAUGCCAUGUCAUAAUACUCAUCGGUCAACUUUGCAGUGACUGUGCAUGUCUGGGUAAUACUACACCAAAGUGCUUAUUUACAGAAUCCUUAAUAUCAUUUGGGAGGUAGGAGUCCAGCAAAUUGAAGCAAGCAUCCUGACAAUAGUGCUUUAUGUUAAGUAAGUUUUAAGGACACCAGAAACCUUUUUCCAAAAAAACCCAUAUAAUUUCACUAGAAGAAUGAGGAUUUAGCCUAUCUGUCUCUGUUUUCCUAUACCUUUUGCUAACAGUUCCCAGUUUAUGACAGAGAUCAAAGUAUUUUAGGGCUUGGAAUCUGGUGGCAUGGAUUGCUCUGUCACUAAAAAAUGGUAGGGAGGGUAUGGAGGAAGGAGAUAACAGACCUCUUACUGGGUCAUGAAUAAAACCUACGAAAGGAAGGACACAAAGUCUUAAGUAAUUAUCUUUACUGAUCAUCAUUUUUUUAUAUUCAAAGAGGGAAUUCUUCACCUGGAUAGCCUCACAGUCCUCCCUCCCCCAGCCCCAGUCUAGAAAGGACCACUGUUUUGGAAAUCUCACCUAAGAUGAAGGUCAGUCCACAUGACAGACUUGAUGGAUGUGAGUCUCCUCUCUUUCUCUUUUCUCCUAGCUGAGGCUGUUACACUUACAUAGUCUGCAAGUAGAAACCACUCUUAAGAGCUUUCGUCAUCAGACAAGUAGUGAAAUAGUUACUGAAAAUCCUACAAGCAAAAAAAUGCUGUUCUAGUAAAGGGAUUAUUAUUUAUGAAUGUCUUCAUCAUCUUCUCAAAAACAAGUUGUACAGUAAAGCAAGGUUCCUUGACAGAGGCGUGGCAAAAGACCUAUAAAUACAGAGAACAUUCUGAGGGUUGACAGAUGGAGGGGGAUGGGCAAAAUGGGUGAAGGUGAGAGGGAAAUCCAGGCCUCCAGUUAUGAAUGAGUAAGUCAUGGAAAUAAAAGACACAGCAUAAGAAAUACAAUCAAUGAUACCAUA